AUGUCACAAUCAGAGGCGCCUGAAAUGGCAGCAAAGUACCCUUCAUGGCUACCUCGACCACUGACCGGAGGCUACAUCCAGAAAGUCGAGACAGAGCUUUAUCGUCGAGAGAUACAGCGAAGAAAACACCACGCUCCCGGUAUGACCUCGACACCUCAAUUUACGACAUACUGCUCCUCUGUUGGGCUAGAUCCCGAUAAUGCCCGGGCGAAUAGGUAUAUCGAUAUUUACCCCUAUGACAAGAGUCGUCUUCUUCUUCCUAGUGGUGCUUAUCUAAAUGCGAGUUGGGUAAAGGAAAGAGCGGGUGGCAAAUGGAUGGUCGCUACACAAGCACCUCUCGAGAGAACUGCACACACUUUCCUGUCCAUGUUCCUAGAGCCAGUAACUCCGUCUCACAGUAUCAAAUCACCACCUGCUGCAAAUAGAUUACGAACUAUUGUACAAUUAACGCCAAACAUCGAAGGUAAUACUGCAAAGGCCUUUCAAUACUUUCCCAAAAGAGUAGGUGAGGAGAUGAUAUGGACUCCUCCAAAUCAAAUACUCGUUCCACCCAUCAAGGUCAAGUUGCUACAGAUGAGUCGGCCUGAAGACGGGGGAGGAGACUCGUCCUGGAUCCAUUCGGUUCUAGAACUCUCAUACGAGGAUGAUCAGAGCCCAAAGCAUCUCGUUAGACAUAUCCAUUAUCUUUUCAUGCAAUUCGUCGAAGCCUGCAAUCAAGAUACAUCGCAUAUUGAUGCCUCAAAAAAUCCUGACCCUCCUAUUGUGGUAGGUUGUAGUGCAGGGGUGGGAAGAACUGGGACCUUCAUUGCACUAGCAUCGCUUUUACGCUAUCAUAAUCUGAAUCGCCCAAUCAACCUACCAGUUCAAGAGAAAACCGAUGCUUCUGAGGCAGACUGGUCUGGUGAUCCAUUACCAGAGUCUCCCUUUGGCCCCUUACCACAAGAAAUUCAGAACGACCUAAUUGCGUUAGAAGUAGACUAUUUGAGGGAUCAGAGACCGUUGAUGGUUCAGAGUAGGGAGCAACUGAGAUUCCUCUAUCAAGUCUUCCCAGCGGUGAUGCAGUUGGAGAGGGGUGGCGAUUCAAAUUAG